UCCAAAAAGUAUGCUUUGAUUUUCUUUAUUUCGUUUUUAUCUUCAACCCAGAAAAAAGUGUAAAUUUCAGUUCCCAUUUCGGCUUUUCUUUAAAUUUAUAUAUUUUAGCCACUAAAUUAUCAGUCUUAGGACCAUGGGCGAUAUUCGCACUUUACGAUAUGAUAUCCAUUGGGAUUCUUUCGAUGGAAUGCGUAUCACUGACAUCAACUCAAAGUACUACGACAUGGUUGUGGAGUUUAUGUGGAAUCAGUCGUUUUUGAAAAGUUUGGUUUUCGAGAGUCUGGGGUUUUUUGAGAUGGCAGAUAUGAAGGAGAACUACUCGAUAUAUGUCCGCCACAUCUUGCGCAACGAGUGCUCCGUAAUGAUGAUUAGCCAGGACGAGACCCAGAUCAAGGCUGUGGGCCUUCUCGAAUGGAUGACCGAUGAAUGGCACUCGUGGGUUUUCUUUCCCUCCUCAUUGCCCCGGAAUCUGUUCCAGCAAAUUAUAAUGAUGAAAAAGGAACUCAUCGAUGCCACCAAGGAAAAGCUGGGAAUCUCCGUAUACGAUUCCCUAAUGGUUCACGAGCUGGCCUUCCCAGAUGAUCUUUACUUCAACAAGGACUUCCUCAUGACCAUGUUCGAUGUGUUCGGGGUGGUGGCCCAGCACAUGCAUAUGCCACGGGUGAGCUUCAUAGCGUUGAGUACCGUGGAUCAGGAAGCGGCUAGCAUGAUCGAGUACGACGAGAUUGGAAGGACCAUCUAUUCGAUCUACAAAGUGGGCAACACCCGACCCUUCGACAUUCUGCGAGAACUGGAUGAGAUGUACGCUUUGCUAUUCGAGCUGCCCGUCAGUCCAAUUGUGAGGUACACGGAGAUGCCAGGAUUCGAGGAGUUCCACGAGGCGUUGGAGGCCAGAUUGGCCAAAGAGGCGGCGGAAAAGAACAGAGACGACGAUUUUUGAGAAAUAUAUUGUGGUCUUUUGUCAUCUGUCAGUCCAAUAUACAUUUGUAAGAAUACUUUUUGGCGCUUUCCUUAUAAACCAAAAA